UGGCGCUCACUGACAGAAACUGCACGGUGCCCAAAAUGUCGUAACACCACCAGACCACACGGCCUGUCGACGUCUUGCCCACAGUUGAAAGUUCACAGCGAGCAUGGCUGUGUCUCUGAUUUGCUGUAACACGCAGAGCAGGGUGAGCUCAGUGCUGAACAGAGAUGUCAAACAGUUCGGUAAGAAGUUCAUGUUUGACUCAAAUGAGGAGACCUGCUGGAACUCUGACCAGGGGGAUCAGCAGUGGGUGUUACUGGAGUUUCCCGUGCUGGUGAAGGUGUCUGAGCUCAGGCUGCAGUUCCAGGGAGGAUUUUCAGGAAAAUCUUGCAAGUUAGAAGGCUGCAGUAAAGAGGCUAAUCUUGAACACAUUGUGGACUUCUAUCCAGAAGACAACAACUCACUACAGAGCUUUCCCAUUCAGGAUGCUCCGCUGAUGCAGAAGCUUAAAAUAGUAUUUGAAAGCAGUACAGACUUUUUUGGAAGAAUAAUCGUUUACUCUUUAGAUGUCCUGGGAGAACGAGCUUCGUAAUGUUUGGGGAAGAUAACAAAUGAGAGGAUCAGGAGAAGAAAAAAAGGCAAAAACACGGUUAACCAGCUCGCUGUGAUGGACAGAUUGCAUGAACAAUUUAACUCUAGGAACUACACAAGUGGCCUUUUUAUAUAUAUAUAUGUGUUAAUGUAUUCCGUUACUUCCUAGUAAUUAAACUUUUUUUUAUGAAUGGCUUAAUAUGGCAACACAAAACAACCCAUACAAGUAUAUUUGUAAUGAUAUUUUUAUUAAAAAGGUAAAAAAAAGUUUACAUUCAGAGCAAGAAAAGCCA